AUGACAAAUCGUGUCAACUACCUUUAUUCUGAUUACAAGGGAUAUGGCUUGUAAUAAGGAAUUUCUUUGACAGCAUAAAAAAAUGGCGCAAUCACUUAAACAUCUAGCUUUAACUACUAACCUGUUGCAAAAGAAAAUAUAUCAACAUUAGGCUAAAUUUCUAAUUAACCUUUGUACUAAUAAAUUUAAUACUCAACAUAAUCAGGUCGCACAGUUCAAAGGACUGCUUCACCAAUGAUUAUUCAGCAUCCUAGUAGAUAUGGAACAAAUAAUGCAAAUUUAAGCACCUCACCAAAUCAGUCUAGUGCAACUAGUGCAACGAAAUAUUAAGUUCCUUCUUACUAGAAUAAUGGCGGUUUAUCAACUAAUUUUUCAUAUUCUGCAGAAAAAAGCACAACCUCUAAUGGAACAGAAGCUAUAUCUCGUCCUUCUAUAGGAGCUUCAUAUCUUUCAUCCUAAAACAAUAACUAAUUUAAUAAUAGUUAAGCACUUCGUUCUCCAUAUGUCUCUAGUUUUACUUCUAAUUUGACAUCCAGUUAAAUGAAUGGUACUUCCAAUUCUAACUCUAAUCCUAGCGGAGCGUAAGUUACCCAUCAUCAUGGAAGAUCAAUAAGUAUGUUUUCAGGCUAAAAUUAUACAGCUCCUUCUAUAGCCUAGAGCUUAUCUCUUUCCAUUGGAACUUAAUCAAAUUAACCAUCAUCAACUAAUUAGUCUUCAUUAGCAAGUGGAAAUGUAGCAAAUCUAGGUAAUAAUUAAAAUAACUCUACUUCAUUUUCAUAAGUUUAUACCUCACUAUCAGCAAACAAUAAAGUAGCCUUGAAUAAUAAUUUAAGCAGUGGUGUAAAUGGAUAAAUUGUUGGUGAUAGAAGUAUAAGCUAUACAGGAAGCAGUGCCUAUCCUCAAAUAAAUACAUAAAGUAUAGAAAAUUUUUACUAGCAGAAUAGCUAGCCUUCAAAUGAGUAACUUAACAGAUCAGAUUCAUUAUCUCCAAGUAAGCGUGUUACUUUUAAUUUAGCUCGUAAUACUUACACAGAUAUAGAGUAAAUUGAAAAGCGUUUAAAUGAGUCUACUAGAUUAAGACCUGCAGAUGAAGUAGAAGACAGUAGAGAUAGAACCCCAACAGCAACCUUUGGCCAUAACCAUAUAUAUGAAGAUGAUUUGAGCAAGAGAUUCGAUUAAGCUAUUUUCCGCAGUGAGAGAAUCAUUUCUGAUUGCCUUCGCAUUGGAAGAGAAGGUCAGCAAUACAAAAAUGCAUUAGAAAAUAGCACAGUAGCAAAUGGAUCUACAACACCAAAUGGUCCAAAAAUGAUCCGCAAUCCAAGUAGAAGUAAAAGUCCAAUAAAAUCAAGCUUAAAGAGAACUUCUAGUUUUACUGGUAGUCCUUAAAAAUCUGUAAACACUACUCCUAGCACUUAUUAAGCUGCAUAAGAUACUAAUUUAGCUGCUUCUUAAAAUUUGUAGAAAUUUAGUGAUGCCUUUGAAAAUCCACUAACAAACCAAACUAAUAAAAUUAUCAACAAUAUUCAUACAACAACUGAGACUAUUUAUUCCUCCAAAUAAGCAGCUUCACCAUAUCUUUAGAGUAAUUCUUCAUCAGAAAAGACUCCAUAAUCUUUAACUAAUAAUUCAGCUUCAACUGUGGUUUCUUCAACAAACUCAUCUCAGAUUUCUGUUCCCUCUUACUUGGCCUAAACUUCAUCCUUGAAUAGCCAAAAUCCCGAAAAACAAGUACCUUUAUCAAGCUAAACCACAUAUGUCUCUUCUUCAACAAAAUAAGUUGGACUUACUAAUUCAGUCACUGAUGAAAAUCAAUUUGUAGCAUCCUCAUCUAAUGUAAAUAAAGCUAUUACUUCAUCUAAGCCUUACAGUGCACAAGAAAAUGGAAUUUCUUCAAGCGUGUACUCUGUGACUUCAGCAUAUAAUACAUCUCUAUUAUCUUCUACAUAAAAUACAAACCCAUAAAAAGCAUCUUAUCUAUCAAAAGUUUCAUCAUCAAAAGAAAAUGAGCAAUAAAGUGUCUCAAGUUAAAAUAAAGCUCCAUCUUAAGUAGAAUUUACCUCUAUUGCUUUAAAAAAGAGUGAAUCUGAGGUAGUAGAUUAAAAUCAAAAUAAACAAGAUAAAUAAUAAAAUGAUGCAAAGAGAUUAAGCUUGCAACCAACUUCUGCUACAAAGCCUCGCCAAGGUAUCUUAAGAUAUUCAGAUGGAUCCAGAUAUGAUGGAGAAAUCUUAAAUAAUUAAAGACAUGGGUACGGUACUUUGCUUAGUAGUGAUUUCUAAGUUAUUUAUUAAGGAGAUUGGUAAAAUGAUACCUAUCAUGGAUAAGGUAAAUUCUUCAAUCCCUUAGCAGAAAACCUCUUUGAUGAAUAUGAAUAUAGUGAUUUUGAUGUUGCUUUGAGUCAAUACUGGGAAUCAUAUGAAGGAGAAUUUUAUGAAGGUAAAUUAGAUGGUUUUGGAACUUUGAUGCUUACAAAUGGUGAAAAGCUAGUAGGAAAUUUCAAAAAAGGUCGUAUCUGUGGAAAAGGAACCUUUUACUGCAAUAAAGGACCAGCCGUUACAGGUAACUGGGAAGACAAUCGCUUAUUAGAAAAGUAUUGA